AUGGAGGCAGAUCCGAUAGAAGCGGCGGCAGCGGCGGUGUCGGUGGAGGAGCAGCGGAAGCAGCAAGCGCUGGUGGACUAUCGCAAGAAGCUGCUUCAGCUCCGGGAGUUAGAAGCGCGAGUUAAGACGCUGCGGGAGAAUCUGAAGGGCGCGCGGAAGGAUUACGACAAGACGGAGGACGACCUGAAAGCCCUGCAGAGCGUGGGGCAGAUCAUAGGCGAGGUGCUGCGACAACUGGACGAGGAGCGACUGAUUGUGAAGGCGAGCAGUGGCCCGCGGUACGUGGUGGGGUGUCGCAGCAAGGUGGACAAGAGCAAGCUCACAGCCGGCACGCGGGUGGCGCUGGACAUGACCACACUCACCAUCAUGCGCGCACUGCCCCGCGAGGUGGACCCGCUGGUGUACAACAUGCUGCACGAGGACCCGGGGAACGUGAGCUACAGUGCCAUCGGCGGGUUGGGAGACCAGAUCCGCGAGCUGAGGGAGUCCAUCGAGCUGCCCCUCAUGAACCCCGAGCUCUUCCUGCGUGUGGGCAUCAAACCCCCCAAGGGCGUGCUGCUGUACGGCCCGCCGGGGACCGGCAAGACGCUGCUUGCGCGUGCCAUCGCCAGCAACAUCGACGCCAACUUCCUCAAGGUCGUGUCAAGCGCCAUUGUCGACAAGUACAUCGGGGAGAGCGCGCGGCUGAUCAGGGAGAUGUUCAACUAUGCGCGCGACCACCAGCCGUGCAUCAUCUUUAUGGACGAGAUCGACGCCAUUGGCGGGCGCCGCUUCAGCGAGGGCACGAGCGCCGACCGCGAGAUCCAACGGACGCUCAUGGAGCUGCUGAACCAACUGGACGGCUUUGAUCAGCUCGGACGGGUGAAGAUGAUCAUGGCCACCAACCGGCCCGACGUGCUGGAUCCGGCGCUGCUGCGGCCGGGGCGGCUGGACCGCAAGAUAGAGAUCCCGCUGCCCAACGAGCAGGGGCGCAUCGAGGUGCUCAAGAUCCACGCGCUCGGCAUCACCAAGCAUGGGGAGAUCGACUACGAGGCCAUUGUCAAGCUGGCCGAGGGCUUUAACGGGGCUGAUCUGCGCAACGUGUGCACGGAGGCGGGCAUGUUUGCCAUAAGAGACGACCGCGACUAUGUUGUGCAUGAGGACUUCAUGAAGGCAGUGCGCAAGAUCACGGAUGCCAAGAAAUUGGAGUCAAGUGCUUCUUACUCAGCGGACUUUGGAAAGGACUGA